AUGCCUGGUAGCUUAGAAGGCCAGUAUUCAGACUUGAAGCUCGCCACGGUAAGCAGGACCGAACGCAACCUCACAAUCUCAUUUCGUGAAGAGAGAUACACUCUAACGCAGCUCGAUAUCACGGAGAAAUACAAUUCGUACGCCGAAUUUUUGCGUUCUUGUCUGUAUGAAAUAUCGUCAUUGGCGACGAGGGGGACACCCGCCGAAGUCACCUGCAAUUUUCAGAGUUCGAGGGUGUCGUUGGCACACUGGAAGAUCGACAACGCUGUCGCAAAACACGUCGUUGAAGCUUUCUACGAGAGCACGUUCAAGCAAUUGGAUGAUAGCGUUGUCAUGGACUUCACAAAGGUGACCCAGACACUUGAGCGUGCUACAUGCUCCGAGAAGAAAACGGGGCUCGAGCAAAGAAUUGGUUUCAUUCAUAUUGGUGUAUAG